GCAGCAGCAGCUGGAAGGGGGCCUUGGAGGACACCACCACCCGUCUCCUGCUCGGAGCCAUUGCCGUCCUCCUGUUCGCCAUCCUGGUGGUGAUGAGCAUCUUGGCUUCCAAGGGCUGCAUCAAGUGUGAGGCGCCCUGCCCCGAGGACUGGCUGCUCUACGGCAGGAAGUGCUACUUCUUCUCCGAGGAGCCGAGGGACUGGAACACCGGCCGGCAGUACUGCCACACCCACGAGGCGGCGCUGGCGGUGAUUCAGAGCCCCAAGGAGCUGGAAUUUAUGUUCAAGUUCACGCGGAGGGAGCCCUGGAUUGGCCUUCGCAGAGUCGGGGACGAGUUCCACUGGGUCAACGGGGAACCCUUCGACCCCGACACAUUCGCCAUCGCAGGCCUGGGGGAGUGCGUCUUCGUGGAGCCCACCAGGCUGGUGUCGACGGAGUGUCUGAUGACGCGGCCCUGGGUGUGCAGCAAGAUGGCCUACACGUGAGGGUCCAGCGCCAGCCUCCCUGCCAGGCCUCCCGGACGCAGCAGCCCCGGGUGACCACGCCCUCUCCCAGCACCUCCAGCUCUUCACACGGAGCCUUCACACGGCGCCUGUCACCUUGCCCUCCAUGACGUUUCCUCAUGUCACCUGACCGCUCCUGCACCUGAUUAUAAAGCCCCGGGGAGCAGGCUUUGUGUGCCUGACCUCUGGGAUGUACAAACGCGCACUCGAAGAUGACUGUACGUGACAGUGUACACAGCAUCAUCAACCGUUUCCCACGGUGGGAGAGCGCGGGCCCAGCGUCAGAAGACUCGUGUUUGGCCUUGGUGGGCAUGGCAUGGCAUGGUUUUUGGAGGCACAGCAGAGACGGACUCUUGAACUUGUUCUGCUUCAAUUAGACAAGCUCAUGCACAUGCUGGGUGGGCGGGGUGGGGGUGGCCCGGAAGCACAGGGGCACCGAGGGAGGCUGCCUCAGUCUCCAAAAUGUCCUUUGCCUCAUUCACGCAGCCUCAUGAGGAGCCGGCUGCGAGGGGGACCAGCUUCGGGGAGUUUCCAUCAGGGAGGGGCUGGCUGCUGAAGGCCCCUGUGACCCCCGGGAUAGAGCCCUAAUUAACAUCACAGCCGAGACCUGGUUUCUAGAAAUGGCCACUGCCCGCUGAGAGCUUACAGCAGGAGUGGGGAGGAGGGGAAGGAGGCAGCUGCCUCUCUCCCCUUCCUGCUCUGUAGCCAGCUCCAGGCUCGGAGUAUGAGAUUGAAACGGGCAUCCAGGAAGCCCCCUGCCACCCCCACCCGAGAUCCCACCUCUCUGCUAAGGCAGCGGGGAGUGGACACACACUGGGCCUGGCUCCCAAGCCCUGCCCUGGGCCAGUCAGGGGCCAGCUCGUCCCAACAAGCAGUUGUGGAGUUCAGCCCACUGUGCCGAACCUCUGACCCCAGGCUUCACCUCUGUCGACUAGAAUCAUGCCUGCCCUGCCUACCUAAUAGGGUUUUGAGAAUCAUGGACGUUAGGAUUUCAGGGGUUAGACAUGAUCGACCCCAUGAGGCCCAGAGAGGUUAAGUGACACGUCCAAGGUCACACAGCUAGUGGCAGCAGGAACAGGCCUUGUGGCGCUCCUGUUCCCUGUUUAUUCUCUCAUCACUGCAUGUAUCAUGCUUUGUGUAUUUGUGUACUUGUUGGCCACCCGCGUGGAAAUUAAGCUCCUAGAGGUCAGGGGUCCCCUCGCACACUUUUCUGUUUCUCUGGCGCCUGGUACAUACAGAAGGUGCUCAAUAAAUGUGUGUUGAACUAAACUGA